UUCAUUUGUUUAUACUCGUCUACCGUUCUCCUUAGCUAGCUAACGUUCAUUUGAAUUGGAAAGUUGGCAAACCAAGUUUGCUAAUUUUAACUAGGUAACGUUGACUUUUAGGAAUUAAUAACGGCACGAACGGCCAUUCGUUGAAAAAACUUGAACUUUGGUUAGAUUGAUAGUGCUUAAUUGCCAGAAAUGGUGUUAAUGAGGUGUAAAUGUGCCCUAAUGACUGACACUGUUGACUAUUUAGCUUCGCAGUCUUUGGCGCCCUUUCUAUUGACAAUAGAAAAUAAAUAGAAAGGGUGCCAAAGACGGCGAAGAUAAAUUAUCGAUGGUGUCAGUCAUUGUCUACAAUCUUAGCUAGGCAAGCAAAGAUGAACUAAGAUUUUCAAUAUGGGAGACAAUUUAGCGUUAACGUUAGUUUCAUUAGCUUGCACAAUCUUUUGGUUUAAAGUAAUUGACGUCAACGUUAAUGAUAUACUGGUAGUCUAAUUUUGUUAGCUAACAUUAGCUAGCUUGGUUAAUCAUUCCUGCAUUAACUGGAAAGGGACUACCGUAUGCUAAUGUCUCAUAACCUAUAUCAACCUGACUCUUUGCGUCUAUAAACCAUGACUUAGUUGCUAAUUACUUAACUAUUUACCAUGUGGUUAAAUGUGUUUUUCAGCUGCUAAUAUAAGCACAGACAUGCUGCCCAGCCUCUCUAAGGAGGAUUUACGUGAUCUCUUUCCCUUCUUCAGAAGGAGAACCAUUUUGAGAUUUACUCAUGGUGAAAAUGAGGGUCAAGAAUCAGACCUGUGUAGACCAGGCACCUCCUCCCGGGGACCUGUGAUUUCAGAUCUACAACCAGUGGAGCUGAGUAGAAGCAGCUUUUGAAAAGGAUUCAGAAUGUUACAACCCCCAAAAAGAAGCAGGGAGCGACCCCUUCAAGAAAGUGGCCACGAAGCCUUAGAUUUCAGAGCAGCCAGGAGAUGAUGUUGGAGAGAAUCCCCACUAUCUAGAUGCAACACCCCAGAGGUUGAACAGUUGGGUGAAACUUCUGAGUGCCUACAGAACCAGGCGAGACAUUAUAAAACUCUACAGGAGAUGUAUAAAACCAAGUCCAGACCCAACCAGAAGGAUGUUUCCCAGCGUCUGGAGCUUGAAUUCCAAGCAAGACUGGCCUUCAUCGACUCUGCUGCUACUAAGGAGCAGGACAGGCCUACCAAGAUUCUUCAAGCGUAUCCCUGCUUCAGAGAACUGGAUCAUGCCUUCAUCCGCCGCUACCUGGCCAACCGCAAGGAGGAGAGCAUCGACGUGCUGCAGCUGGCCCAAGACCCAUUUCUCAUGCCCCCCUUCUGCAAGGCCCUUGCCACCGGACCUGGGCCGUUGGCGUCGGGCUCCACGCCCUCCACCGCAUACAACAGCAGUGCCUCGAACUGAGGUGCCCAACGCCACCCCUGAGGGCUCGUGUGGGGGCCACAUUACUCAAACGCCCUCCCUUCUGGAUGGGGGAAGGAGGAUGGAGGGGGUAAAAACAGACUAAAGGAUGGAGGAGUAAUAUCUGAAGUGCCCUCCCUAUCCCCACCCCUCCUAAGACAUGAAGGGGCAGUGCCAGUCUAUGGCUUGUCUGUAGGACCCACUGGCUUCCCACGUACAUGUACACACACACACCCCUGCCACAAAGAAGAGAAAGACCUUGCUGGGCCUGUUCAGUGGUCUGCAUCACAGGGUCAUAGGAAAACGGACUGAAGUCACAGUGUGUUGUGUGUGCAUUCCUGUUUUCGGGAAAACCAAACAGCUCAAAUCAAAUUGUAUUUGUCAAAUAUAUGUGUUUAGCAGAUGUUAUUGUGGGUGUAGCGAAAUGCUUGUAAGCUAGAAGCAUGGCAGCCCUGUCUGUCGGCACCAUUUUCCUACAUAUCCAUUCCAUUUGAUGUUUUGAGAGAAAGGCUUUUCUCGGCAGGGUUCAAAUGAAGGGGGAGUUUCUAUUUUUGAUGACCAAAGUUGAAGGCAUGCCUGGCUGAUACAACACUGUUACGUUUUACACAAGUCUAACUGUCAGGUGAAAGAAAGAAGUCAUUUUCACUAGGAUCAUCACUUUGGACUGAUUUGAUCAGAUUUAAAUAUUUUCUUGGAUAUUGGACUGGGAGUUUACUUUGUUAUUUGGAUGGUUGUCCAUAUUUUUUCAUGAGGCUUUCCCCCAAAAUGGAGGGAGAGAGACUUAAUAGAAAUGCAUAUAAACCAUUCACCGACUGUUGGUAUAACUUUGUGGUUUGUUAGCAAGGAGUUACGUCAAAGAUAAUUCUCAUUCAUUGCAAAUUGUGCAGUAUAACAAUCUAAAUUGCAACAUAACUUAAAUAAUAGCAAAGUUAUUUUAGUAUAUUGUGAAACAUGAUUUCACACUUGAGCAUAGGUGUGUUGUUUACCAGAGAAAAGCAGAAUAGCCUAACUGGUAAUACUCAAAUAUACACAGUCAUACAGAGCUAGCUACGUGUUAUGUUCAAGGCUAGCAACACAAUGACUGCCUGUAGAGUGUAUAAAGUGCCUUCAGAAAGUAUUCACGCCACUUGACUUUUUCCACAUUUUGUUGUAUGGAUUAAGUUGAGUUUCACUGGCCUACACACAAUUCCCCAUAAUGUGAAAGUGGAAUUAUGUUUCUAGAGAUUUUUACGAAUGAAUUAAAAGUAUUGUGUCAA